CUGAACCCACUCUGUAUUUUGUCUCAAAUCAAACUAUAAGCCUCAGAACAGAACAAAACAGAAGAUGUCUCUGUUUUCAACACCAACAAUAUUCUCACUCACUCUCGUCCCAUUCAUUCAUCUCUCUCUCUCUCGUCCCAUUCAUUCAUCUCUCUCUCUCUCUCUCUCUCUCUUCUUUCUUUCCCAUAAAUAAAUCCAUUCCAUUCGCCCCACUACACUCAUAACCUAAACCCCACACACAUCACACUAUUCUUAUACUAUUAUUACAUAACAAUUCAUCAACACAAACCCCACUUUCAUUUUACACUUUUCAAACUAUAACUUCUUUACUCACUCUCUCAUAACUAUACAAUGCCUUCCUCUGACUCCGGUGACAGCCGCCGAUCAACUAAACCUCAGAAUCGCCCCGGUGCACCGGUGCCGGAACAAGAGAAUCUCCCAUGUCCUCGUUGCGAUUCAACUAACACAAAGUUCUGCUACUACAACAACUACAAUUACUCUCAGCCACGCCACUUUUGCAAGGCUUGCCGCCGAUAUUGGACUCAAGGCGGCACUCUCCGGGACAUCCCCGUCGGAGGAGGUAACCGGAAAAACGCCAAACGUUCCCGCACUCAUCACGUUGCUGUUACCUCCUCGUCUUCUGUGACUUCGGCGCCGGAGCAUCAUUUUCAAUCGAUGGCGCCGAUCUCUGCCGCACAAGGAGGUUCCUUACCGUUCGGAGGUGGAAUUGACGGUGAAGGGAAACAGAAUGUGAGUGGUUGUGGGAGUUUCACUUCGUUGCUGAACAACAACGUUCAAAACUCUGGAUUUCUGGCUUUAGGUGGAUUUGGGCUUGGAGAAAUGGGCUUUGGGAUUGGGCGAGCGGGUUGGGGUUUUCCGGGAAUGGUGGAUGGGUCGAACAUGGGCGUGUCUUCUGGGAUUGGAAACACGUGGCAGUUAGAAGGCGGUGAAGGUGGAUUUGUUGGUGCUGCCGACUGUUUCUCUUGGCCUGGACUUGCAAUUUCAACACCGGGAAAUGUUCUUAAAUGAAACUCAUUCUAAUUUUUAUUAUUUUUUUUUUUAAUUUUUGGUUUCAAUGGAGGGUGCUCUGUUGUUUCUAGUUUUUUUUUUUUUUUUGGUAUGGCGUGUUUAAGUGAAUCUUGGGUAUAAUCAUCACUACCAUCGUAGUACACCUAUGACUUUUUUUUUUUUUGUUUAUGUUUUUCUUCAAAUCCUCUCUUGUCUUGUGUAUGUUUACCGGAUUAAUUAAUGGUGUUUUAUUACUAAGCA